CUUUAGCGUAUAGGUUAUGUCAACAAUUGUUUAACACUAGGCGUGUAUUAUUUGCCUGAAGUGAUUGAUUUGUUAUAGUGUUAUGUACAUAAAGUGUUUUUAUUAGAAUUAUCAUGAAUGUAACAUUUACUUUUAUCAUCACUUAAUGAGUAUUUGCGUAGCGGGGAAUACGAAUUAUAUCAGAGAGAAACCAUUUUUUAUGUAAAAUGGAAGAUCUGGAUGAUGAAAGUGCUCGAGUUUAUACAUUCAUUGGAAAUGCCGACGGAUCCCGAGAAUCUUGGCUACAAAAGUUAUGCCUGCGAUGCCACCAGCGCGACGCGCCGCCCGCGCGGGAGCCGCGCUGGUGGGCGCGCGUGUUCCCCUUCCCCUACUUCCCCACGUUCAGGCAGGCAUCACAGCAGUUAUGCAUCCUCAUGUUCUUCCUCCUCAGCUGGGGAAUCCUGUACGCGGAGUUAGGGGAGUCUAUAGGGCUGCACGGGGAGCUCCUCAGCAUGAGCAUGGUGGUGGUGGCCGCGCACCUGGCGGGCUGGCUGUGGCUGAAGCUGACCACGCUGCCCGCGCUCGUGGGCAUGCUGCUCACCGGCGUCGUCUGCCGGAACCUGGGCCUGCUGCACUUCACUGACGAGUACAAGAAGCUCAAUCAGGAUUUGAGAAAAGUGGCUUUGGUGAUAAUCCUGAUGAGAGCCGGUCUGGGCCUGGACGCGGGCGUGCUGCGCCGGCGCCGCGCCGCCGUGCUGCAGCUGGGGCUGCUGCCGUGGCUGGCGGAGUGCGCCGCCGUCGCCCUCGCCACGCACUACCUGCUCCGCUUGCCCUGGCUGUGGGGUUUCCUCCUGGGCUCAAUGAUAGCCUCCGUGUCUCCAGCGGUGGUGGUGCCCUGCCUCUUCGGCCUGCGAGACGCGGGCUACGGGGCGGCCAAGGGCAUCCCCACGCUGCUGCUGGCCGCCGCAGCCAUUGACGACUCCAUCAGCGUGGCUGUAUUCUCCAUAAUCUUGAGCGCUAUAUUCUCGACGGGAUCCGUCACUUUUAAUGUUAUUAAGGGUCCAUUAUCAAUAGUAGUCGGAGUGGCUCUGGGAUCAGCGUGGGGCGCCAUGCUGGCGGUCAUACCGGAGAGGGGAGACAAGUACUUGGUGCCUUUAAGGUUUCUCGCACUCUUCUUGGGAGGACUGUUUGCGCUGUUCAUUUCCAGCAUGGUGGGAUGGAGUGGAGCAGGUCCCCUAGCGAUAGUGUCGGCGGGCUUCGCGGCCGCGUGCUGCUGGGAGCGGCAGGGCUGGGCCGUGAGCGGGAACCCCGUCAGCGAAGUGUUCAGGAUCCUGUGGAUCUUCUUCGAGCCCAUACUGUUCGCGUUCACCGGCGCCCAGAUCACUAUCAGUGCAUUAGACCCUGAGAUCCUAAAGCUGGGUGCGAUCUGCCUGCUGGCGUGCCUCGUGUUCCGGCUGCUGGCCACCCUGCUGGCCAGCGCCGGCUGCGGCCUCAACUACAAGGAGAAACUCUUCAUCGGCAUCACCUGGCUGGCCAAAGCCACUGUGCAGGCAGCGCUCGGCCCUGCGGCGCUGGACCUGAUGGCGAGUGGUCAGACCUCAGGUCUUCCAAGAGAAGACGAGCUAUAUUACGGGAAAACUAUCCUGGCCAUGAGCGUGCUCAGCGUCAUCAUAUCGGCGCCGCUGGGCGCUCUCCUCAUCGCCGUCGCGGGGCCCAGGUUGCUCAGCAAGGAUGAUGACGGUAACAAAUCUACGGACAUGAAUAACGAAGACAUCACAACCAAUGUCGAUACUCGGGUCUAAAACCAAGUACUUAUUAUUUUUAUACCUAGUUCUAGUAUAAUAGGACAUAUUCUAGUAUAAUUAAAUUUGCUAAAUCCUGAGAAAAUGUAUGUAAAUUUCAAUGUUUCAA